AUGGUGGACUACUAUGAAGUUCUAGGAGUACAGAGAUAUGCGUCACUGGAGGACAUUAAAAGAGCUUACCGUAAAGUGGCACUUAAAUGGCAUCCUGAUAAAAAUCCAGAAAAUAAAGAAGAAGCAGAGCGAAAAUUCAGAGAAGUCGCCGAGGCAUAUGAAGUACUAUCAAAUGGUGAAAAACGGAAUAUUUAUGACAAAUAUGGCAAAGAAGGAUUAAAUGGCAGAGGUGGAAGUCAUCUUGAUGAUGAAUAUGAGCAUGGUUUCACAUUCCGUAAGGCAGAUGAUGUCUUCAAAGAGAUUUUUGGUGAAAGGGACCCAUUUUCAUUUCACUUCUUUGAAGACUCACUUGAGGACCUUUUGAGCAGUUCGAGAAGCUCUAGUGGAAGCAGAAGCAGAGGCACCGGAUCCCUUUUCUCUUGUUCGUAUGACCACCCAGUGUUUGCCAAGCUUUCUUCUUAUGACACAGGAUAUACGUCUUACGUUUCACUGGGGCACGAGGGCCUUACUUCAUUCUCUUCCCUGGCAUUUGAUGACACUGGGAUGGGCAAUUACAUACCCAUCACACCUUCAGGCAGAAUUGUUAAUGGAAGGAAUAUCAAUACAAAGAAAACCUUUGAGAACUAUCAAGAAAGAGAAGCUGAGGAUGAUGGUGAGUUGAAAUCCUUUCUAAAUAGUGUGGCAGAUGAAGAGGGUUUUGCAGAAAAACGACACUGGAGAAGACAGUCGCUCAACAACUAUUCACCAAACUCCUACAGCCCCCCAAACAUAUCUCAAUAUACCAUUGUGGACAACAAUGAACAAGGUACACCUUGGGUCACCAACAAGAAGGAGCCUUCCAUUUUCUCAGCAGGAUUCAAAGAAGGUGGUAGGAGAAAAAAGAAGAAGCACAAAGAGGGGCAGAAGAAGAAGUCAAACAAAAGGAAUCACUAA